AUUAACUUUUGAAUAAUGAUGUUGAAUUUGAGCGCGUUUGCGAAUAAGUUUCUUGGCUUUGUCCAAAAGGAGAGAGACAAUCCUUGGCUGAAAUGGGCCUUGCGUUUGCUGUCGUUGUCUUCUGCUAUAUCUCCCGCUGGGUGGCCGGAUUCUUUUCCGUUGAAAGAUGGCUACAAGUUUGACUUCAUAGUAAUCGGAGCAGGGUCUGGCGGCGCCACUGUCGCGACCAGACUCAGCGAAGUCCCUCACUGGAAAGUUCUGCUGCUUGAGGCGGGCGGCGACCCUCCGCCUGCUAGUGUAAUACCCAGUUUGUUCGGUGCACUCGUACACUCGAAAUACGAUUGGGAUUACCCUGUUGAACUGGAUCCAGGAACUGGACAGAAUCACGCCGAUGGCAAGGUUUACGUCGGUGGUGGAAAGAUGUUAGGAGGUUCUUCGUCGAGUAACCUACAAGUAUACGCACGUGGGGCACCAGAAGAUUUUGAUCAGUGGAACGAAGUAGCACCAGGUUGGGGAUGGGAUACAGUUCUACAUUAUUAUAAAAAGCUUGAACACAUGACAGAUUAUUCCGUGUUACAGAAUCCAUAUAAUGCUUACUAUCAUUCAACCUCCGGCCCUGUUGCCGUAUCUCGACCGACAGCUAAUGCGUACUAUGAAAAAGUACACGAACAAGUAUUAGGUUCGUGGGAAGAAAUGGGCAUAAAGAGACUACUGGAGAUAAAUGGACCUGAAAUGUUAGGAGGGAGUCGAUCGCACUUUACUUUUGCGAACGGCAGAAGAUCAAGCACAGCCGAGGAAUAUUUACGACCGAAUAAAGAUCGACCAAACUUUUAUAUAACAAAAUAUGCAAGAGUUACUAAAGUGUUGAUAGACUCGAUGACUUUACGAGCUUAUGGCGUCAGAGUGUUGCUCGAGACAGGCGAUAUGAUAACACUGUACGCUAAUAUUGAAGUAAUUGUGUCAGCAGGCACUAUUGGUACACCGAAACUUCUUAUGCUUUCGGGGAUCGGUCCUCGUGAAGUAUUAGAACCACUUAACAUCAAUACGAUGGCUGAUCUACCUGUUGGUAAGAAUCUACAAGAUCAUUUAAUGGUAACGCUUGUUAUCAAAGGUCAGAAAGGUUUUCAAACAGCUGUUCAAAAUUUGCUUAUUCCUACAGAAUUGGAUGCGUUUCCAAUACCUCUACAAGCUGCUUUCUUUAGGCUCAACAGCUCUUUAAGCAAACAUUACGGAUCAACAAGACCUCAUAUUCAACUCUUCAACAAUCGGCUCGGCGCAACUGCAGCUCCUGCUAUUUUGUUCGGUUGUCGGGCAACAGCUAAUUUAGUUCGUGAAUAUUGCUAUUCGAUGAGUGAAGCUAAUGUUUACCGGGAAGUAGAUCUUCUAAGUUUAAUUUUACUCCAUCCCAAAUCAAGAGGUCAAGUGAGAUUGAGAAGUAGCAAUCCUUUCGAUGACCCGUUGACUGAGAUAGGAUAUUUUAGGAACAUGAAAGAUUUAGCAUUAAUGGUAGAAGCUAUUAAAUUUAUGGUAAAGGUUACAGAGACUUCGUAUUAUAGAAAAGUAGGUGGAGAGGUUGCGAGAUUAGCAGUUAGAGGAUGUGAGGGAUUAGUUUAUGGAACUGAUGAGUAUUGGGCUUGUUAUGCUGUUAACACUGUCAAUUCCUUAGCUCAUCCUGUAGGAACAUGUACUAUGGGACGGGAUGGGGUUGUUGAUGAACGAUUAAGAGUUCACAGUAUCAAAGGCUUGCGUGUCGUUGACGCAUCGGUUAUGCCGGUAAGCCCGAGUGGAAAUACCAACGCCCCAACAAUGAUGAUUGGAGAGAAAGCUGCAGAUAUGAUUAAAGAGGACUACACUGAACGGAUUGAUCAUAUGAAUAAUGAAAAUGUAAGAGAAUUUUCACAAAACGAUGAUUAUUACUAAAUAGUAAGGAAUUUUUUAGUGCCAAAUAUUUUUUAUCGAGUAGGAUAAAUAAUAGGACGUUGGGGUCCCAAGGUGCUGGAAUGGCGACCCCGCACUAAAAAGUGCAGUGCUGAUCGACCUCCCACCAGGUGAACUGACGACAAUAAGCGAGUCGCAGGGAUUUGCUAGAUGCAGGCGGCUCAGGAUCGUGAUGUUUGGAAGUCCCUACAAAAGGCCUAUGACCUGCAGUGGACGUUCAUCGGCUGAUAUGAUAAUGAUGAUGAGGAUAAAUAAAAUAUUUUAA